AUGUCCCGCCGCCUCCCCGCCCCCGCUCUCCCACGCGCACGCGCACCUACCGUCCCCUCCUCCUCAUCCUCUCGUCCCCGUCUCCCGCUCGCAAAGUCCACCGCCAGUCUGCGAAGCGCAGACCAGGCCCAGUCAAGGGGAUCCACCCCCCUCCCACCUGUGUCCCACGUCCAGGCUAUGGAGAGUCUUAUGAGCCCGCAGAAGAGGGAAGGGGGGGAUAACAUUCAGGUUGCCGUUCGGUGCCGAGGGAGGAACCAGAAAGAGAUAGACGAACAAUCACCGAUCAUCAUCGGCUGCCCUAUGCUACACUCUUCCCCUCCAGACCCACAUGAAAUUACCAUCGAGACGGGUCACAGCGCCGGGUCUGUCCCCCUGCCCGGAAGCCUCAUCUCCCAGUCUUCGAAUACGAACACGCGUACAUACCCGUUUGACCGUGUUUUUGGGCCUGAGGUAGACCAGGCGACGAUCUACCAGUCUGUGGUCGAGCCUCUGCUGAGGGAGGUCCUGGAGGGGUACAAUUGCUCGUUGCUCGCUUAUGGGCAGACGGGGACAGGGAAGACCUAUACCAUGCAAGGGGACUUGUCACCCUCCCCUUUGACCGGAGGACCAAGCACGAACUCGGGGAUGAUCCCCCGCGCGCUUUCCGCGUUGUUCACUAUCCUCGGAGAGACAGCCACGGACUGGAGCGUCAAGUGCAGCUAUAUCGAGUUGUAUAACGAAGAACUCCGGGAUCUGCUCGCCCAGGAACUCCCGGCUCCGGCGGGGAAUGCACAGCCUAUGAGCAGGGGGAAGGAGCUUCCCCCUGGGCUGAAGCUGUUUGAGGAUGGGGCGAAGAAGGGGUGUGUGAUUCAGGGAUUGGAGGAGGUGGCGAUCAAGGAUGAACGGGAUGCGAUGCGCUUGCUGCUUAGGGGGAGCAAGCAGAGACAGGUCGCAGCAACCAAGUUUAACGAUCAUUCUUCACGCUCACAUUCAGUAUUCACCAUAACGGUGCACUCUACCUCUCCCGCUCCUCCCAAACUCGGCGUCUCCUCCCAGAGCGAGAACGAGUUCCUCCGCGUCGGCAAGCUCAACCUCGUCGACCUCGCCGGAAGCGAGAACAUCGGGCGGAGCGGAGCGGCCGACAAGCGGGCGCGGGAAGCGGGGAUGAUCAAUCAGAGCCUGCUCACUCUGGGCCGGGUGAUCAACGCGCUUGUCGAAGGCUCCGCGCAUGUCCCGUAUAGGGAAUCGAAGCUUACCCGUCUAUUACAAGAUUCUCUCGGAGGAAGAACGAAGACUACGCUCAUCGCUACCGUCUCACCUGCGAAAUCGAACCUGGAAGAAACGCUCUCGACGCUCGAGUACGCCCUCACGGCAAAGGCGAUCAAGAACCGCCCGGAGAUAAAUCAGCGCAUGUCCAAGUCCCAGCUCAUAAAAGAAUACAACGUCGAGCUCGAGCGGCUGAAAGCUGACCUCCUAGCGGCGCGGAAGAUGGAAGGCGUGUGGGUGAGCAACGAGACGUGGGAAGAACUUACCCGGGAUACGGAAACGCGCCGGACUGCGCAUGUUGAGGCGACGCGGAGAGUGCUGGAACUGGAAGUGCAGAUGAAGGCUUUGCAGACGGAGUUUAACGAGAGCUUGGCUUUGCUGAGCAAGAGAGACGGGGAGCUCAAAGAUGCCCGAGCACAGAUGGCGAAAGACGAAGCUGAAUUACGGGAAAAGGAGGCCGAGCUAGGAGCCUUACUCCUCCAGCUGCAGGAAGAAGUCGCCCUUCGCUCAGCGUACCAAUCCUCCGAGACGCGCCUACAGGGGAUCGCCAGCGAACUGACGAGCGUCCUCCGUUCAGGGCUGGAAGACGUCGAUUGCCUGUUUGGCAAGGUGGACCGAAAACAGCGCGCGAUCGUACAUAAUCGGAAGACGGUGAGUAAGCAUGCUGCGCGCGUGGAGGAGGUGCUUGUAGGGGCGGAGGGAGAUGUGGCGGCGUUUGUUGUCAAGCAGGAUGAGGCGCUCGGGUUGGUGCGGGGGCUGCUUGGGGGGCUGAAGGAGCGUCAGGCGCAAGCGUUAGAAGAACAGAGACUUUUCCUAGACUCGAGGCUGGACGCCUUAGCCCAGUAUAUGAGCACCAUCCGGACGCAAGAAGAGCACACGAACGACGCUGCCUCCUGCAUGCAAGCCAGUGUCGCUCUCGAAGGGGAACAAGCGCGACAGGACGUGAACCGGGUGCUGCUUACGCUGCGGGACGAAGUGCGGGCUAAGAACGCGCAGACUGCUGGGUUGCUGGAGGGGGGGUUGGAGGAGGUGAGGGGCAUGCUGGAACGGGUUUGUGAGGCGCUGCUGGGGGUUGGGAGAGAGACGAGGGCGUUCGCGCAGGAGGAGAGGGUGUGCAUCGACUUGGCCGUUCAGGAACAGUUGCGGUUGGCUGCUGCUAGGGAGGAGAGACUGCAGCAGCAGGUGGAGGCCCUCCGCACCCUUUUGGUCCAGCAGCAAGAUACGCACCACAAGGAACUCGAGGCCCAACUCGCCCAAUACAGGCAGAAGAGUUCCCAGGGGCUCGCAGCCGCGCUCGCCCAUUUUGGGAAAGAGACCGCAGCCUCUAUCAGCCAGGAUAAAGAGGAGACAGGGGUGUUCACCCAGCUCUUGGAGGAGAGGGUGGACCGUGCGCGUGCGCAUCAGACUUCUGCCGAAGGGUGGGAACGGGAGGCCAACAGCCUGCGGGAGGAAGCGCUUCUCGUUGUCGAUUCUGUCAGCUCCACAGCGGGCACCGCCCUCGCCCACGUCUCGGCGGAAAUGUCGACGUUGGUAGAAAGCCAGCACCUGACUGUCCAGCACCGGUUUGCCGCGCUGAACGAGGCGUUCCUUCUUGCCCACCGACGGGUGGAGGAGAGCAAGAGAGAGCGGAUAAGGGCUACUGAUGCACUGGAGGAUACGGUUAGGGAAUCAUAUACCGGGAUGAAGAGGAAACGGGAGGAAGCGUGGGUGGUGGAGGAACGGGAGUAUGAGGCUAUAGAUGGGCAGACAUCAGCUCUCCACACGUUAGCAGCCGAGUACCACACGACCCUCGCUUCCCAUAUCACAGCUGUUAGGAAACAUAAUAAGGCAAUGGUGGAGCAUGGCACUGCGGAGGAUAAGCCAACGGGGGAGACGCCGGAAAGGAAAAGGUGGCGGUAUCCCCAGGAGUGGGAACUGACGGGAGAGAGGGAGGAGGUGCUUGAGGACUGGAGGCGGCGUGCUGCUGCUGCUGCUGCUGACCAGGCGGGGGAUGGCGAGGAGGGCGAGGAUACGCCUGAUUCGGCUCAGGAGGUAGAAGACACCUGCCCAGACCCGGUCCAAAAGUCGCUCACCGUCCUCCCCCUUCACCCUCCUAUGACGGAGCUCUUGGAGGAUGUCGUGCAUAUCCCGACAGCAGCUGCGACGGCAACGGCGGGGGCGAGGACGAAAGGGAUCCCGAGAGCGUCGGCCCGCUUACCUGCGCCGGGGGGAAGGGAGAAUAUCCCUCUUCCUGGGCAUGGGCGUAGGCCGUCUAAGAGGGCUAGACAAUAGUGACUGCUGUGUUUGUUGUUUGUUUGAUGUUUGGUGUUUGGUGUUUGCUGGAUACGGUGUACUUUAUUUGCGAUGCAUAACCACUCUAUAUGUUGGUUAAUCGGACUCGAUUCGG